UUUGUGGUCUUCACUCAAACUUGAAAACAAACGUCUGAGGACAUGUACAAAAUCCAAUACGAUAAAUAACUGAAACAAAUGUCGUGUGUUAAGAUAUUAAAACUAUUUUGAUAAUAGUGUCAUAGUACGUAAGUAAAAAUGGAGAUAGUUAAUUCUCUGCUCUUAGCGAUUUCAUUAUGUGUUUUAUUAUGGGGUGUGGCCGGUCAGUAUGAAUGGCAGCUCCGAGAUGCUGUCGAUGAAAUACGUGAAAAGAUCGACAAAGUCACGGCCGAUAACUGCUACAUUACCCACCUGGAUGACCUUUACCUCCCGGAGAAUUCAGUGUCACAUCAUCCUGAUGUGAAAGAAAUAAAUAUUAACCCGGUUUUCCCAAAUCGCACGGCGAUGUUGCAUUUACACAACAUGGCCAUGAAUAGAGCGUUUUUCUGGAGUUAUAUUCUACAGUCUCGGUUUAUAAGACCGGCUAUAAAUGACACGUACGAUCCAGGAAUGAUGUAUUACUUCUUAUCAUCUGUUGCGGACGUCGCUGCGAACCCAUAUAUAAACGCCAGUUCCAUAUAUUUUUCACCCAAUACCUCCUACACUUCGUCGUAUCGUGGCUUCUUCAACAAAACAUUGCCAAGAUUUGCACCGAGAGCCUUCAGAGCAGAUGAUUUCAAUGAUCCUGUGCAUCUACAGAAGAUUUCUACAUUGAACACAUUCCAUGUGCUAGAUUUGGGAGCAUUUGAGCCUGACAGUUUGUCAAAAGAUUACAGUUCAGACUAUUAUCGGACCAAUGAAUGGUACUUCAAAUGGUUGCCUGACAAAGUAGAUAAACGUCACGACACAAAGACUACAUACCAAGUUGAAAUCAGAUAUGCUAAUAAUACAAAUGAAACUUUUACAUUCCACGGACCACCGGGAAAUGAUGAGAUCCAGGGGCCAGUCAAUUGGACCCGUCCAUACUUUGACUGUGGUCGCCUCAACAAAUGGUUGGUGGGGGCUGUGUCUCCUGUAGCGGAUAUAUACCCUCGACACACACAAUUCAGACAUAUUGAAUUUCCAACGUAUACUGCAGCUGUUGUUAUGGAAAUGGACUUUGAUCGAAUAGAUAUAAAUCAAUGUAAUGUCAGUUUGGGUAAUGAUCGACCGAACCGGUUUGCCGGAACAGCACGAUGUAAAUUAGAAACUACAGAAUGUGAGCCUCUCCACGGGUGGGGGUUCCGUCGGGGUGGAUACCAGUGCAGGUGCCGGCCUGGUUACCGACUGCCAAGUAUUGUGCGUCGCCCCUACCUCGGCGAGUUAAUCGAGCGAGCCACCUCUGAUCAAUACUACAAUAACUUCGACUGCAAAGAAAUUGGAUGGGUACAAAAGCUCCCUGUAAAGUGGGAAAAAGCUCAUCCAUUUAUCCGAGCGCUGUACGCGGACCGUUACUAUGAGUACGUGAAUGCGAGCAGCGGCGCGGACGCAUUGCAUACGGAGAGGAUCAAUAUCUUUGAAGUGCUCAAUUUUAUUAGAGGAGUGCAGCCACAUAAUUGUUCCAAAUACAAACCAACAGACUUGUUCCUGAAUGGUGAUAUAGCUUUUGGCGCACCGGAGCAGUUCGAGAACCAGGCCAAGAUGGCCGUACGUCUAGCUAACUUUAUAAGCGCUUUCUUACAGGUGUCGGACCCUUAUGAAGUGUUCAGUGGGACUCGUGUAGCGGAUAGACCCUUGACUGAAGACCAGAUGAUAGGCGAGACCUUAGCUAUCAUCCUUGGCGACUCCAAGAUCUGGUCUGCAGGUACUUACUGGGAUAGAAACAAGUUUACGAAUAGAACUUACUUUGCACCUUUCGCCUACAAAACUGAGCUCAACACAAGGAAGUACAAGUUGGAGGAUUUAGCGAGGUUGAAUAAGACUGAGGAUGUUUACACGAAUAAGCAAUGGUUUCAAUUCUUGAAACAAAGAUGGUCGACAAACUUUGAUAAUUUGGAGAAAUUCUUCCUCAAAAUGAAGUUAAGAGACGAUGAACUUGGAGUGCAUUUGCGACAAUAUGAGAAAUAUCCUACAUUUUAUAGAGCAGCUAAUAUAAAGCACGGUCACUGGACUCAACCUUAUUAUGACUGCGAUGGACCUUUAAAGCAAUGGGUUGUGACAUACGCCUCACCAUUCUUCGGAUGGGAUAAUGUUAAAGUCAAAUUGGAAUUCAAGGGUGUGGUCGCUGUGACAAUGUCUCUGAUGGCGCUGGACAUCAACCAGUGCCCGGACAAGUACUAUGUGCCUAAUGCAUUCAAAGGUACUGAUAAGUGCGACAGGAAAUCUUCUUAUUGUGUUCCUAUCCUGGGUCGUGGGUUCGAAGCUGGUGGUUACAAAUGUGAAUGCUUACAAGGAUAUGAAUAUCCAUUUGAAGAUCUCACAACUUACUACGAUGGACAAAUAGUGGAGGCGGAAUUCCAGAAUAUAAUAUCGGAUAAAGAGACUCGUAUAGAUAUGUUUAAAUGCAGAUUAGCCGGAGCAGCUGCUAUACAAAGUAGUUUUGUUAUAAUUAUAGCUGUGAUGGCGCUAGUGUUCAAGAUCAGAUAAUACCAGUGUUGCCAGUGUCUUUUUGGUAAAUUUAACCAAAGAGAUUUUAAUAAUUGAACUGAAAUAUACAU